AAACAAGUCAUUUUCGCACUGCAAACAACUCUCCACAAACAAACGCAAACCGCCAACAACAAACGACGCCUGUCGACACUUCCGCCCACACGCCAACCCACCCUCCUACACACACACGCACGCUCACCACCGACAAUGGCAGGUCUUGAGAUCACGACUGAGCUUGUUGACAAGGCUCGCGCGGAGUUUGACGCCGAACCGCGGUUCAAGCUGAGCCAGAACGCGGUGACGCGCAACGACGUGAAGGAGGUGUUGCCACGCCACAACAUCACCACCACCUAUGAGGACAAGAGCUUCUCCACCAAGCUCAAGGAGAUGAAGGCCACGAACCAGAAGAGCUCCGGCCGCUGUUGGCUCUUUGCUGCUGCCAACUGCAUGCGCCUUGCCAUGAAGGAGAAGUACAACCUCCCCGACGACUUUGAGCUGUCGCAGUCGUACCUGUUCUUCUGGGACAAGCUGGAGCGCGCCAACUACUUCACCAACGCCAUCCUGGAGACGCUGGACGAGGACCUGGACGGGCGACUCGUGCAGCAUUUGCUCAGCGAUCCGCUCGGCGACGGCGGGCAGUGGGACAUGGCCGUCAACAUUGUCCUCAAGUACGGCAUCGUGCCCAAGUCGCAGUACCCGGAGUCGUUCUCCUCGUGCAACACGCGCCACAUGAACGCGUUCCUGACGGCCAAGCUUCGCGACUUUGCGUGCGACCUCCGCGCCACCGCACGCGAGCUGUCCAAGGAAGAGCUUGCCAAGAAGCGGGAUGCGUUUCUUGCCAUGGUGUACCGUGUGCUGGCCAUCCACCUCGGCACACCGCCCACCACCUUUGACUGGUGCUACACGGACACGGACAAGAAGUUCCACCGCAUCUCCAACCUCACCCCAUUGCAGUUCUACCGCGAAUACGUCCCAUUCAAGGUUGAGGACUACCAGAGCCUGAUUCAUGAUCCGCGCAACGCCGUUGAGCGCGUGUACACGGUCAAGUAUCUCGGCAAUGUGCUGGGUGGCGACCGCGAGCUUGUCAAGCACAUCAACGUCCCCAUUGACCUGAUCCGCUCUCUCUGCAAGAAGCAGCUUGAUCAAGGCAUGCCUGUGUGGUUUGGCGUUGACGUGGGCAAAGAGUACCACCGCAAGAUGGCGGUGAUGGACACGCGCCUGUUUGACUACGACCUCGUGUUUGGCACCCGCCCCGCCCUUUCCAAGGCAGACCGCCUGCGCUACGGACAGUCUCUCAUGACCCACGCCAUGGUCUUCACAGGGUACAACGAGGCUGAUGGGAAGAUUGACAAGUGGCGGGUUGAGAACUCGUGGGGAAAGGACGUUGGUGACAGCGGCUACUACCUCAUGACCGAUGAGUGGUUUGAUGAAUACCUGUACCAGAUUGUUGCACCCAAGGCCAUGGUGGAGGAGAUGGUGAAGGUGGACAUGAAGGAUGUGGUUGAGCUGCCACCAUGGGAUCCCAUGGGCGCCCUCGCCUGCUGAGCAGAGACACUCAUGUCUCUUCUUCUUCCCUGCCUUCUCCUUUCUCUUCUUCCUCUUCUUCACAACCCCCGCCCCUCCACAACCCCCCCCCCCCCCUUGCCCCUGCAUUUUGCUUGGCCUCGUCGCGUUCCGAGGAGAAUCGUGACAUGUCAC